GUAGAAGGUGGGGGAGAGAAAGAGAUAGGAGCCUGCAGAGCUUCAGUGUUUGCCAAUUUAAAGGGUUGCCAUCAUUGUUUUUUCCACUAAAAAAGCCCACGUUUUUACAUCUCCCUCAGAAAAUCCUUACACAAUUAUAUCCAUUUCCAAACAGUGUAACAUUGUUUCCUUCACUAUCAGAAUGGCAUCAUCAUUCAGUGUUUAUGUAGUACUAAUGAUCAUCCUGGUUUUCAUGCCCUCACCUCUCCUUUCAUCAUAUUCAUCACAAUCACAACCUAUUCCUAAAGUUCCCACACUCUCCUCUUCACCAGCAACACUAACAGAUCCUUCUCAAUCUUCUUCACUCUCUCCCUUCCAAGAUUUGUCACCAGACAUUUCUCCACUUUUGCCUUCUCCUGGUGAUGCUUUACCAACUCCUGCAGGCUCUGACAUUCCCACUAUUCCUUCCAAUCCAAGUCCUCCCAACCCAGAUGAUGUGAUCGCCUCAGGACCCUUUAAUGCAUUUGCACCAUAUGGAUCAGUACAAGCUACUUCCAAUGCCUAUAGAAGUUUAGUUUUUGAUAUAGCCACUACUGUUUUUGCAGGUUUAGCAGCAUACUUGUCUUUGUAGUAUAUGAGAGUAUGAGUGAAUGAUUUGAGAUGUGGCAUAUUCCAAUUAUUGUAUACUAGAUUAUUCACUUUCUUGUUUGUUAAUUUUUCAUUCUUACCUUGUAGUAUAUGAUAUUAUUAGAUAAUGAAAUAUUUCUUUAUGAAUUCUACUGUUGA